GUUACGCGUCACAGGCUGCAGGGGAAGCUGCGUACCUGGGGAUACCUACCCAGGCAGGAGCUCCAUGUCCAGCUCUCCUGGCGGGGCAGUUUUGUACCGAGCUAGGUAGGUACCUACCUAGCCCUAGGUACAUACGACGUUCAUUCCUCCCUCUUCCCCCGGAGCACCACCCAAAGACCGUGACUGAGGUUUAACCCUCAACUUCGAAGGAACACUUAUGUCUCAGCCACGGGACAUGCAAGCGCCCUCUAUCCCAAACCUGCUAUCAUUGCGCGGUUCUAAUCGUGGUCCGCGGGGCCGCAAUCGAGGUCGGGGUGGCCACCCCGGCACGGGAGCCUCCAGUCAAGCCCAGCAAGAUGCAACCGUUCAGGGGACCGACACGGAUGCAGCUGUGAUGCGCCUGAGUGCCGUGGAGUUGGGGUACUUGGACGACAGAUUUGCGCAAUAUUUUGUCCAGGGGCAACAACCGCACAGGAGGCUACCUAUCAUCAACAGGGGCACAUACACAAGAACGACUGCCUUGGACAGGCUCAUUGACUCCUUCCUCGGCCCCGAUCCUGGUGCGGACGAACCGCUCCCCAGGAGGCAAAUUGUCUCUUUGGGCGCCGGCACUGAUACAAGAUGUUUCCGCCUGUUCUCUUCGCAGAAUCGCCGACGCGGCUUGAUCUAUCAUGAGGUUGACUUCCCCCCCAUCAGCUCACGCAAAAGGAUGGUGGUCCAGGCAACACCGGCCCUGAGGAGUGUCCUGCCGGAUCCGGUGCCCAGCGACGAUGGACCGGCAGCCGCAUCCUGGCGGAGCACACCUGAGGGCGAUGGAAACCAGUACUGGUGCCAUGGGCUGGAUCUGCGAGAUCUCUCCAGGAACGCAGAGCAGGGCGACCUCCUGCUCAGCAGGCUCGAAGGCAUACGAACCGAUGUCCCAACUCUGCUGAUCUCAGAGUGCUGUCUCUGCUACCUCGAGACGGCCGAGGCCCAGAACGUGAUCAAGUGCUUUGUUGACAGGAUCCCAGACUUGGGUCUCGUCCUAUACGAGCCUGUGAAGCCGGACGAUGCGUUUGGCCGGCAAAUGGCUUCGAACCUGGCGGCGAGGAAGAUCAGGAUGCCAACAUUGGAGGUGUACAGGCAGCCCAAGGAUCAGGAGGGGCGACUCAGAGAAGCCGGCUUCACGGAAGUCAGGCAAAAGACAGUGGACAGCAUCUGGGGCCAGUGGGUAUCAGAAGAGGAGAAGGAGAGGGUUGACGGGCUGGAGGGUCUAGACGAGGUGGAGGAAUGGCAGUUGCUGGCCGGGCACUACAUCGUCGCUUGGGGUUGGAGAGGCCCACGGCUGGAGGCUAUGAAAGGGAUGGAUAUCACCCAGUGCUCAGAAAACACCAGCAAUACAUGA